AUAAGCUUGUAUGUCUUGUUCUAUAUGGUCAGUCGGUCACAUCAAUACCUUUAAAUCCAAUAAACUAGUGUUAGUUUAGGGAUUGUCGAUCAGUGGACAAGGAUAUCCAUAUUGGUCACAGAAUCUUUUUCUGCAGGCAAGAUGGAAGGACAUAACGAAGUAAUACCAAGAAAAUUCCUCUGUUGUAAAUUAUGUGAUGAAGAAUUCCGACAACCAAAAUAUCUACCUUGUCUUCAUUCAUUCUGUAAGAACUGUUUGAUGGAAUAUGUUCAGCGAACGUCAACAGAUGAUGGUUAUUUUAAUUGUCCUGUGUGUAAAACAGAAUCAAAUGUGAGACAAAAGGGACUGGAAGACUUACCAGACAAUGUCUUUGCCCGUAGACUCUCAUGUCCAGUUGUGCCAAUGUUAGUUCGGGAGAAGAUGUGUCGCAACUGUCAAUAUAACGACAAGGUUACAGAAUCUGUUUCUCACUGCGUCAACUGCGAUGAUUUUCUGUGUGAGAAGUGCGCUGAGGCUCAUCUUGAACAGCAGGAAACAGCCAGUCACAAAAUACAACCAGUCAAAGAUUACGAUUCAAAAGCCAAAUCCGAUCAAUCGAACGGAAACGAUAUGUCAGAUGUUUUAUCAAAGUGCUGUGAUUUGUACGAUCCUUUGGAUAUCGGCGCUAUGUUCUGUGUCGACUGUGAUAUGGCACUAUGUUCGGACUGCCACACUUCCAAUCAUGUUGAUCAUCGGUGUGCAGAACUGUCCGCCAUAGCUGAAAACUUUGUUAUCAAAAUCAAGGAACCUCUUGCAGAACUUGCCAACGAUUCAAAAAUUCUCACCAAAAAUCUGCAUGAACUUGAAAAAUCUGAGAAAAUUGUUGCUAAAAAUCAACUAGAACUCCAAAAGCUUGUCAAACAGAGAACAAAGGUUUUGUGUAAUUUCAUUCAGGAAUAUGAAAAUGUGCUAAUAUCAGAAAUUGACAAGCGCCACCUGGAUUCCCGAAAGCGAAUCAAGAAAAAGAAAUCGGAAAUCCAAAUGCAUUUGGCUUCUCUAACGGCCGUGACAGAGCUAACAGAGAAGCUGGUUACAUUCGGUUCUGAUGAGGAAAAGGUUUCCAUGAGAAGAAAGAUUGGCAGACGGGUUCGAGAGUUAUGUGAAGAUCCGUUACCCGACGAGGCCUGCUAUGAACCGAUCUGCCUCCAAUUAUCAGAACAAAAAAUGUCGGUUGAAAAAAUUUGUGAUAUGUUUGGCGAACUUACAGAUCGUGAAAUAACCCCAAGGUUCACCAAGAGACUGGUUAAUUCUCAAGUCAGUAGUCUUGAUUCUCGAGAAUCCAGACCAGGGAGCACCAGUGAAUAUACUGAAGACAACCUGACUGAAAUUACUGAACUUGACGAGGGCUCAGACCUCGACAAAGACAGCGAUAUGCUCAGUGCCAGUAACCAUAGUGAUGUCUUUUACUCCAUGAAAUCUCAGCCGGAAGAGAUUCCAACAGUGGAAGAAGUGCCAGACGAAAGUGCUGAUAAUUCCUUUCACUCCUCGUUCCAUGACGACGUCCCUUGCCAAAACCUUGACAAUCCAACAAAAGAGAUAAUGUUGCCGUCCAACAUCCAGAAAGAGUGUAUAAAGGGUAUUGGUGUGAAUAGUAUCGGAGACAUCGUGAUCGGGACUGUCUCCCCAGGUAGUCACACCAUCCAUGUCAUGGAGAAACGUGGAAUUAUUCGAGGUCAAUCAACAGUGGAACCAGGAUGGAACCUCCACUCGGUGGCUUCCGAUGGAAAAGUUUCCCUGAUGUCAACAAAGGGAGAUAAUCGUUACAAAAUCAAAGUUCUAUCAAACGAUGGAACUGGUACUCCAAUAUCUGAUGUUCAGUUUGAAACAUUUGGCUUGAACUAUUUUACGUCAAAUUCUCUCGGUCAUGUGAUAGCCACAUCAAACAGGUAUGGACAACGUAGCGUAAGUCAAGGCAAGGCCGCAAAGUCUGGUGGAAACGUUGCUAUGUAUAAUACUGAUGGUGUCAUGAUCAAACGCAUAACCAACGACGAUUUUCAAGACUUGGAUCUUUAUCUCCUAGAGAAACCCUGUUGCACGUGCGUGGACAAAGACAAUAACUUUUUCGUGACAGAUCCUGGAAGCCAUGUUGUUUGUGGAUUUACGUCAGAUGGAAAACUUCUAUUUGAAUACGGCAACACAGACACAGAGGAAGAAUUUUACGUGGGACCAGACGCUGUAUGUACGGAUAAAGAUGGCAACGUUAUUGUUACUGAUAAACGAGAGGGACGACUCGACGUACUCAAUCAUGAGGGACAACUUCUAAAAUGUCUAUUUACCACGGACAAUAUUAAAUUUGCGUCGACCACCCCGGAUAAACUAUUAAUGGUGGCUACGUGUGAAGGGUCUAUCAAAUUUUAUGACUAUUUAUAAUUUGAACAGAUAGUUGUUCUUCACAGCCUCAACUCUACAACAUAAGCCAUAACUCAAUAACAUAACACAGUUUCUCAUAUAUACUCAACAGAAAGAGAUAGAGAGAAAUGGAGUUCUACACAAACUAGGUCAUUUCGGGACUAACACAUGGUUCAAUUUUAUUUCAAUAAUUUACUUAUGCGUAGGGGUCCUUAGCAGUGGGAGGAAACCGGAGGUCCCGGAGAAAACCAACGCAGGUAACCCUACUCCUUGUUACGUACAACUGAGGAAUUGAAACCACGCCAGUUGACUCAAUGGCAGACUUUAUGAUACAGCGCGCACGUGCAAAUUGUUCGGCCACCCAACCUCCUAUAUACUCAACAACAUAAUUUCACAGUCCUAACUUUACAUGUUGGUUAAAAGUAAUGUCAGUCAAUCGACAUGAUCCCCAGUCAGCAACCUUGAUUUGAUUAGAUAUUAGGAGUAAAUUUGUCUGUCAUAGCUUACAUUAUAGCAUGCUGACGUGGCUUUGUUUUUUUAAUGUGUAAUUCAUAAAUCAAUUAGCCUUUCAACUGAUAAAUGUCAAUAACAUGCAUACACACAAUCAGUUAGGUCUGAAAGUGAUUUUAAUAGGUGAUAAAAACAUUGAGCAGAAACAACUGAAAACAUCUGCCUUUGAUAUUAUUAUUUGUAAGGUUUUUUUUUUUAUGGUAUUUUCUCAAAAGCUUUAGAAAAAAAAUAAAAAAUAGGCAUUUUUUAAAAAAAAAACCCAAGAAACUAUUGAUCUUUCUUCGAGAAUGGAAUAAAGAUUAGGGUCUUGUCCAUUAGAAACAAUCAGUGUUUUUUCUCCCGUGUUCUAAUUGGUCUUAUAAACUGCAACACAUGUAACUCUGUCAGAGAGAGAGUGAGAGAGAGAGAGAUUACUUCGGGACUAACACAUGGUUCAAUUUUAUUUCAAUAAUUCGCUUGCGUGUAGGGUUCUUUAGCAGUGGGAGGAAACUGGUGGACCUGGAGAAAACCCACGAGCUUGGAGUACCCUACUCCUUGUCACGUACAAACUCCAAUGUUUUCGUUUCAUCCAAACAACAUAUAUAUACUUAAUGUGAUUUCAUCGAAUCUUCUGGGCCACACAUUUAUUACUGACUGUUCUAAUAAAGGAAGCUAUAAAUAAUGAAUGAAAAGUCGACAAAAACACAUUUAUCGAAUAAACCAUUACAGGAAAUGCUUAUCAUUCAGAUCUAUCUUUAAUUUCCUGAGUUGCUUAGCUCCAGAUUAAUCAUUGACAAGACAAUUAGCGAAUGUAGUUAAUACUUAGGGGAGAUAGUUAUGGUACAUAAACAACAGCCUUUACAAGAACUACUUAUCUUGCACUUAUUUUAUCUGAUAAUAAAAGAAAUUAUGCUCCAUUAAUGUCAUAUGAGAGAGAGAGAGAGAGAGAGAGAGAGAUUAACAUCCUCUCCACUAAACUAGGUCAUUUUGGAACUAACACAUUGUUCAGUUUUAUUUCAAUAAUUUGCUUGUGCAUAGGGGUCUUUAGCAGUAGGAGGAAACCGGAGGACCGGGGAAUCGAAACCACGGCUGUUGACUCAAUGACACAUCGUAUGAUACAGCGCGCAUGUGCUAACCAUUCGGCCAUCCAAUCCCCCAUAUGUCAUUAGAAAAUACGUUCUCUAUGUUAUUAUGUUAUUGUGUGGUCUCAUGACUAGCUAAAGUAAUUUAUUAUAUAAGAAACGCUAUAUAUGGUUAUAAUAUAUAUAUAUAUAUAUAUAUAUAAGCUUCAUCAGGUAUAUAUAAAUCCGUUAAAACCUCUAACAUCCAUGUUCUUAACACAGGCAUUUAUAAAAUCACUUUCAAAUAUAAUGGUACUUGACAACCGAGACUCAUGCCAUCGCUGUUUCUGUUUAGUGUUCACCAAUAUCUUUAGUAUCCAAAUUAAUUUAUUUUUCAUUAACCAGACAAAUGUUAUAACAUGCAAAACUAUAUCCAUAGAAGAAGACAAGCCAGAAAAACAUUAGCUUUCAACGUAAUUAAUUGUUGCUCUAAUUAUCUCGAUGCUGAGUGUACCCCAGUAGAACUCACACGCACUUAUAUGUAUAAAAUGUCUACACUAAGACAAGUGCUAAUUUAUAAGUCUGAUAAUGUGUAUGUAGUAAAUAUCUUUAAGCAUUUAGAAUUUAACCAUACAAACUUUAACAAUAAUAGUUAAUAUAAUUCUAUAUCUUAUAUCCACAUUCCAAUUGGAAAUUCUUUCUUGAAAUUGAAAUGAAAGCUAUUAAUAAGAUGUAGAGUAUAUCAGGAAUAAUUUAAAGAUACAUUAUGUAAGAUUUGGGUAAAGAGCUGGCCAUUCUUACUAUAAUAGUUCGAAAAUAGAUAAUGCAAAAUGAAUUUAUUAAAAUUUUCAUUCAAAUUGCUCCAUUGUGAGUGAAGAUAUUAGCCUUUGACUGUUUGACAAGAUGUGUGCAUUAACCGGACUGUUGUUCAAAGCUUAGCUUCACUUCACCAUUUUUAAAUUAAAUCAAAAUAUGGCUAGACCGUUCUAAUCUACUUAAUAUCUGAGAUAUCCGAUGACAUCAAGAGUUGAUUAUGGCCUUGAUAAGUUAACGCCUAAUUAAUAAUUUAGAUAACAUUUCAGACCUAAAGAAAGAUCUGCAAUAGGCAGAUUUAGCUCUUGCAUAAUGUAUGUUUUUAAGUGUACAUGUGUAUGUAGUAGUUAAUAUUGUGAUAUUGUUACUGAUCUCAAUCUAUUGACCUGUAUCCUUGUCAUCGUUUAUAAUAAAUCAUUAUCUCAAUAAA